AGUAAAAUGAGUCCACACUAUCCCAAUACAUCCGGUCACGUCUCUUCCCCAAAACCCUCCCCCACCGACUUCCAUAACCGCAACCGGAAUAUUCCCCCAAUCUCCACAACCGUCACCGGAAUAUUCCUCUGAACACAACCACCACCAAAAAUGUCUUAUACCGAACGCGACACCGUUCCUCUCAACCAAUCCUCUCAAUCCGACAUCGAUGAGAUCGAAAACCUAAUCAACUACACCGUCCACUCCUCUCCGGCCACCGUCCCCGCCGCACGUCCACCGUCUCCUCCGCGUGCCUCCAUACCUGUUUCCUCCUCUCCGUUCAUCCACUCCAACCUUCCACCACCACCGCCGCAGCCGCAGAAACCGUCAUCCGUCGCUCCUGCUGUUUCCGUAGUUCCGCCGGUGAACACCUCCGAACAACCGUCGAGCAUGAGCGGAUUCGGAUCAGCUCCGAACACGUUGACGGAGCCGGUGUGGGAUACGGUGAAGCGAGAUCUGGCGAGAAUUGUUAGUAAUUUGAAGUUAGUUGUGUUUCCGAAUCCGUUUCGUGAAGAUCCGGGAAAAGCGUUGCGAGAUUGGGAUCUGUGGGGGCCCUUCUUCUUUAUUGUGUUUCUAGGGCUUGUUCUUUCGUGGAGUGCUUCUGUGGAGAAGUCUGAAGUUUUCGCUGUUGCGUUUGCACUGCUUGCAACCGGUGCCGUCAUUUUGACAUUGAAUGUUCUGCUUCUGGGUGGUCAUAUAAUCUUCUUCCAAAGUUUAAGUCUACUGGGUUACUGUCUAUUCCCGCUCGAUGUUGGAGCCCUAAUCUGCAUGUUGAAGGACAAUGUUGUAUUAAAGAUCGUGGUGGUGUGCGUGACAUUAGCGUGGAGCUCAUGGGCUGCAUAUCCGUUCAUAAGUAUGGCGGUCAACCCCAGAAGAAAAGCUCUCGCACUCUACCCUGUUUUACUCAUGUAUGUAUCUGUCGGUUUCCUUAUAAUCGCCAUCGAUUAGUAACUAGUAACCACGAACUGUUAUACAAAAUUCGUUUAUAACUUUACGAAUAAUUCAAUUCUGAUGCCUGUUAGAUUUUGAUG